ACGAAACUGAAGACACUGGAUUUCCCAAGAAAGCAUUCGCUUGAUAGCACAUAUAUAGAGAGAUAUAUCGGUUUGAAUUUUAUGCGAGUUUCUGUAGUCACGGUCGACACACUUCAUAUUUUUUGCAUAAUAUAUCUUAAUGAUAAUUACCAUUACCUUUACUUUAAUCCAGACAAUACUGAUUCGUGAACUUCGGCACACUGUCCGAAGACGAGAUUAAGACAUGUCUCAAUCCAAACCGCUCCUCAUCCCUUGGCUGCGCGAACAGAUAAAUAGUGGCCGGUAUCCCGGGGUUACCUGGACCAAUCAGGAGCAAACAGAGUUCUGCAUCCCUUGGAAACAUGCUUUGAGGCAGGAUUCCUGCAGCGAUGAUGUACUUAUUUUCAAGGCGUGGGCUGAGGUUAGCAAUGGUAGGGUUCAAGGCGACCACUCCAUUUGGAAGAGAAACUUCCGUUCUGCCCUCCGAGCCAAGGGGUUCAAAAUGCUUCUUGACAACAAAAAUGAUGCAGCCAACCCCAACAAACUGUUCCAGUGGCCAGAUGAGGCACCUACAGGAGGAUCUCAGCACCCAGAACAUGAUCUGUAUCAAGAUCCCAGUCCAUUACAAGAAAGUCAUGGUCUACCAUGUUUUAAUGACCUUUACCUUGCAACAGAAGAAACUGUAUACACAGCAGAGGGGAUCUCAACCACUAUCAACCAGGAUAUACUUCAGAAAUGUCUGCAAGGGUUGUACAUUGAACAAACAGGGCAACCAGUUGUAAUGGAGGAUGCUGUGUUGCCCCCGCAACCGGUGUAUCCAAUGGAUGGAGCUGUCGGUGGUGCCCAUGAACAGCAGGUGGUGGAGCAGUUAACAAAUGAAUUGUCCAGAACCAUGGUGGGCGAACAUUUUAAAACUCACUUCAGGGUUUCUGUGUACUACCGGGGAGUGAAGAUGCCUGAGCAGCUGGUUGAGAACGAGGCAGGGUUCAGAUUAGUCUACAGACCUGAACUUACACAACCGCUUCUGGACCCAGAUUCUGGCCUGAAUCUGGUCUCUCUGCCCAGUCCACCGCCUGUCCAGGACGAAACUCAGGCCAAACUGACCCAAGAUAUCCUGGCUCUCCUGGGAGAGGGCCUGGAGGUGGGUGCCUCCGGGUCCAUCAUCUACGGACUCCGUAAGGGUGAAAUUAAGGCCUUCUGGAGCCUUGACAAGUUUGACAAUAGCAGGAGGCCCCAGGGAGUGUCCAAAUGCCCGGAACCACUAUAUCAGGUCAAGGACUUCUAUGGAGGGCUGUUGAAGUUCAUAAACAACGAAGGAAAAUGUCCUCCCUUUUCUCUAUUCUUCUGUCUGGGAGAGAAGUGGCCAGACCCGGACAACAGACCCUGGGAGAAGAAACUGGUCAUGGUCGAGGUGGUGUUAACCGCUCUGGAGCUACUGAAGUCAAUGGCGGUGGAAGGUGGUGCCUCCUCUCUGCAGUCUGUGGAACUGCAGCUGUCCUUGCAGGAGUCCCUGCAGGAGAUGAUGGACUUGUGCUAAAGAGGGACUGAUCCACCUACUGUAAAAUACUGAGUAUCCAUUCUGUCUUAACGUUUACUAUUUUGUGUGACCAUAUUUGAUCAACUGUUCAGAACCAAAACAACCGUAUGUGAGGGGGGAAUGGGUUAAAUAAGCAUUUAAGUUUAAUGUCUAAUAGGGAACCUCACUCUGUUUUGGGGUUUUUCAAUGAUACUGUAAUCAACAAGGCAUGCAGGGUUCUAAAUUGCAACUAUUUUGGUCACAUAUGCUUCUUAAUAUUUUGCUGUGUGACCUGUAUUUUUUUAUUUGGGAGCACCAGUGUGCUGGUGCUGAUUGCACACGUAGACUACAGAAACACCGCUAACCAAACAACAGUCUAUGUAUUGCUGUUGGUUGCUACACUCAAAAUGUAAACUUCUUAGAUUUGUCCUGACCUCAAAGGUGCCCUCAUGAUGUGGUUUAAUUUAGGACAAAACGGAAUUAGCCAACAAAAAUGCCCAAACUAUGUAGAAGCCUAAUAUUCUUCUCAUGUAGUUUCAAUGACAGGUAUUUGUAUAAAUUUUAGCUUUUUAUAAUAAACAAAUGUGUUUACAGGGUUACCUAUUCGUUUCUAGGGCACAACAUGUGCUUCAGAAGUUGUUUGAAUUCUACACCUGCAUUGCUUGCUGUUUGGGGUUUUAGGCGGGGUUUCUGUACAGCACCUUGAGAUAUCAACUGAUGUACGAAGGGCUAUAUAAAUACAUUUGAUUUGAUUUGAUAUAGGCUAUAUCCACUUUUCUGGUGCUUUUAAAUGUUAUGUUGUGCUCCUAACUUUUUCAAAUUGUGAGCACCAGUUCAUGAUUAUUAAUUGAGGAUAAAUAUCAAAUCAAGCACAGUUAUUAAACUGUUAUUAAACAGUUAUCUAAACUGGAGAGGUAAUGCAUAGGCAUGGCAUCUAUUUCACUUAAGUCUUAAUAAAUAAUAACUGUAAUAUGGUACAAUGGAUUUCACACCUUUAUUUAAAGGUCGACUGGCCAAUAGCAUGUAUGAGAUUGAAUGCAUCACGCAUCACUCAUCAUAACUAUCUCAUCUCGUUUUCAAAACCAAUAUACAUAAGACAAGACUUAACUGUAUGCUGCGGUGAGACUAAUUCAGACUACAAUAAAUAAAAAAUACCUUUUAAAAAUGUGUUUUAAUCUACAUCACUUUCUUCACUCUAUCAUUGUAGCUGACCAAAAAUACAAUUUAUGGAAUAUUGAUAUAUUUGCACACAGCUUCCCUUCAGGAUUCACUCCCUGCCUGGAUAAUGUUGUCCCUGUGGACCAAUGAGAAGAAACCAUGAUCGAGAAACAGUAGUGCUGACAGUAGGCACUUGUAGAUUUGGGAGGAUUGGUAAAGCAUUAUGAUAAAAGGCUGGGUUUAGAUGUCGCCAUAUUGCUUACACCUAUCCAAUCCUCUCAGAUCUAUAAGCGUGGUAGGGAGUAGGGUCAAGGGAUCGAUUUUGGGAUUCAGAAAGUAUGUCCAAGAAAAAUGUGGCUGACUUGACUGAAAGGUAGACAAAAUGAAGCUGCUGGGUAGGGUAUAGACCUGUGUAAUUGUGUACUACAGUGCCUUCAUAAACUAUUCACACCCCUUUACUUUUUUUCACAUUUUGUUGUUAGAAAGUGGGAUUAUAAAGUAUGUCAUUUUUUUGUCAAAAACUAGACAAAAUAUUCUGUCAAAGUGCAAGAAAAUGAAAACAUUUAAAAAUGGAAAAUAAAACUAUCUUGAUUUAGA